CUGUAUUCGGAUUCGGUAGACGGUAUGCUGCAGCUAGGAAUACGAUGGGUGGCUCGGAGCUGAGCCUUCCCUGCGUACGCAGGAUCUGCCCUGGACGCCACUUUGCGGAUGUCAAUACAUGGUUCGCGAUCGCGAAUAUCACCGCAGCACUAGAUAUCCGGAGACUCCGCGACGCCGAUGGCAAGGAGCUUAUCCCUACUGCCUCCUUUGCUCCUGGAAUUGCUAGGUGUGUCGGAAAUAAAGACUUGCAUUGUGGCGAGCUCAUCGUAGGAUCCUAGCUAUCCCGCGGAGUUCAAGUGCGACAUACGUCCCCGCUCAGAAAGGUCCUCACUAUUGAUCUCCGAAUUAAACAACGCAACGCUGGAUGAAAGUCAGCAGCACGUAUGUGGAUCGGCUGGAAGGUCAGAGGGUCUCGAUGAUGUUUCGGCAGGAGCGUGAAGGGAUUAGGUGAUUCUAUCCAUUUUACCGUCGCCACUUGCACAGGCUAAUCUGAAUGUUGUGGUCGCAGAUAUUACGUGUUUACUGCCGGGUAGGGCGAUGCAGACCGGCUCUCUAUGACCUGGGUUUCGUUCUUACAGAAGUUGACGUGUAGGAACCCGUUUUUCCUGCGCAUGAGCUGUAUUCCCAUCACCGCCGAUGCAUGAAUUCCAUAA